CUAAAAAAUGGGUUAAAAUUGACAGAAAUUAUUUAAUUUAUUCAGGCAAUGUUCGGUGCAUAAAGAAGCCAAGAAGUGUUUUGACCUUCCAUAUUCUAUAACGUUUUAUGUGUGAUAUUGCUGUAAGCUUUUCAACAAGCAGGUGUGAAUUUUAAAGACUGCUAAACGAAAAUUGAUGGCUUUGAACGGUAUGGAUUCUAACUCGGUUCGUUUUAAAAAAGAAAGUCCGAGAACAUCGCAAAAUGUCCAAAAGAAGCACAAUUUCUUUGAUGAUGAUGAUGAUGAUGAUGAUUUUGAGACGUUUGAUGGUGACAAAGACUUUGAAAAAAUGACUGGUUCAUUGACAGCCAAUGCAAAAACAGAUGAUCCUGCUGAGGAUGAAGAAAAGAUGGGAGGAGUUGCUUGGGGAGGAGUUGCUUAUAGCUUGACAAAAGAAGAUAAAUCAAGUGUUCCUGUCAAAACUCCAGAGAAAGUGACUGUGCCUGCCAAAGCCACUGCUCCCAACAAACAGAAGCCCAGUUUGAACCCAGGCACUCAAAGACAAUCGGGUGUAGUUGACCCAUUUCAUGUUCGGGAUCAGAUAAGCAAAGGGACAAAGUUUACGUCUCAGGUGAUCCAAACUUCCACAGUUGAGAAAUCAGCCACAACAACAACAACAACCACAAGAUAUGAUGAAGCUAGUACAAGCUCGAUUGAAAACGUUGUCCAGAGGGCAAAAUCAGAGAUGACGGAUGCUGAGAAAAAAAGAAUGCAAGCGGAAAUUAAGGAACUACAAAAAACUGUGUCUACUCUUCGCAAACAGCACAAAAGCGCUCCUGAGCCAAAGGAAACUGUAAAGAAACUCAUGUUAAAUCAGCCUUGUGUUCUGGAACUCUACAAGUCACUUGAUAAAAAACUCUCUCUCCUGGAUGAAGCAAUAAAACUCGGUGAUGGAGAUGCAUUAAUUACGGUCAUUCUCUUUAUCAAGAAAACGGUGAAAUAUAAUCUGUUUGUGCGAGAGAUUAGCAAGCGGCCUGUUGCCAUAAGACAUGUUAUUUCGUUCAUGAAAGCACAUUACGACUACGAGGAACUAAUCAAAUUAUUGAGACUUUUGAAUAGAAAGGAAGAGGCGAUGAUGUUGGAGUACAAGAAAGCUGUGAGUUUACCAAACGCUGAUUCACAGAUACAAGCAAUCAAUGCAUGCCAAAGAACGUACGAGAAUGCACCCGAAUUAGCAAGCGUCGUCUCAAUUCUGAGCGAGAAUCAAUCUCUUUUGAAGAGACAGAUCAGAAUCGAGGUCAAGGAUAAAAGGAGUCAAGGGGAUCUAAAAGACACGACCAUGCGACUUCAUCCACGUAAAUCCAUCACGUCAUCACCCUUGAUUGAAACGUUGCAUUAUUGUUGUUAUUAUCACUACGGAAAAGAUGACGACACGCUUGGCCCUGAUUCCCUGCAGAAGGAAUUUAAGCUUACAGAUAAACAGUUUGAAUGGACAAUGAUUCGCGCUAGAGCUGAGCUCAAGAAGUGGGAAGAUCUGGAAACAUUGUUCACCUCCAAGAAAUGGUAUGGCACCAACAAACUAAAAUCUAGUUUAGGGUUUGAUAAAGUUGUUGGAAUCUUAAAAGAGAGCAAUGCUCCUCCAGAUAUUUUAGGCAAAUAUCUGGAAUUAAUCGAAGACCUUGAAACAAGGCUGGCCCUAGCUACAAAAAUGCAAUGCCAUAAAGUUGCUGUCGAGACCAUUGUAAAUAUGAAAGAUAAACAAAGAUUAGACGAUUACAGAAAAAACUUGGAAAGAACUCAUCCCGUUCAAGCUCUCAUCUCACGCUACCUGCAAAAUUCUCAAAUCAAAUGGAAAUGACAAUGUUAUGGAAGGUGGUGUACACGUGUAAGGUAUAUGUACUUGUACAAGGUAAGCCUGGGUCGCGUGGACAACAGAAUUGUAUCAUCAUAGAUCGGCACAAUGCCAACAAACCCAUUGCUUUAAUUGCAUUAGUUGGACCAGAUCAGUACAACUGAAAGACGAUUUUGUAGCUAACUAACAAUUCAAAUUUUUAUGAUUCAACGUGAGACGGUAUAAUUUGACGAAUUUUUUAUUAAUUUAUAGAUUUCAAAUUUAUC